CAGCAGAGAAACUUAGACUCGGAGGUCAUAAUGAGAAACGCCACGGUCGAGUCGAGUUGAGUUGAGAUCCAGUGGAGUGGAGUGGAGUGCCGUAAAGUACAGAGGAGUGUCGGGGCGGGGAAUUAGGGAGUAGAGAAAACUUAUUUAAGUGCCAGGCACGUUGCACGCUGCAGUAGUCAGCAGAGAAUGAAAAAAAUAAGCAGCAGGAGCAGAAACAGGAACAGUAGUAGGAGCAGGAGUGGGCUGGUCAGUCAAGCAUGUGGCCACUGGCUGCUAGGGGGCACCGGGCACAACCAGCCUGGCAGCCAGGCAGCAAAGCAGAUAGACAAUCUGGCAGGCACUUUAGCAGCUGGCGACCCCAUUUGCCAUGCUUCGUCGCCCCGUCGUAGCCCCGUUUAUGGCCAAAUUAAAUCGGUACCUAUGAAGUUUCUGGCCAGCUUCUGCCUGUCAACUGCUGCCGUUUGGCAGGAUCCAGCUAUCGGAUUAUUCACGAGCGAUUUGAUACGAACAAUGCAUCAAAACUGGCUCCCCGCACGCACAAUCUCUGCUUGUUUUGCAAUCAAUUAGAAACAGUUCGUUUAUCACAAUAAACUGGACUCAACAGUGACCAUAUUUAUAUACUGCACCGCAGUCUAAAUUAUCGCAAGCAACUGAAAACUUUAUUAGCAGAAAAUUUAUGUCUUUCCGUCACACUG